AUCGUCUGUGUUUUCUCCAAAUAAUUUUAAGGAUUUGUAGUGAUUUAGGUAUCCAUCCAGCUUACUCAUAUACAUUUAAUGUAUCAGUGUUAGGUAAUUUAAGUAGUGCCGCGUGAAUGCAACUGGUGCGCUUAAGAUGGAGUAGAGAAACACGUAGUGUAAUGAUGAAUCGAGAUUUUUCUUCGUUCUGUUCCGUCCUUGGUUGUCCGAACAUAAGAACAUGCGACCGAAACACAGCGAAUCAUCGUGGGGGGUUUUAGCUCAACAUAAAUAGAAUUAUCAAAUUAAAGAACGUUUUAAUAGAGCAAAAUGCCCGAACACUUGGAACUGCAACAGCUGGUAGAUGGGGUGAUCCAGGGCACAACACGCCACCAUACCCUCUCCUGGCUACGGUGCUCUUGUCCAUACCUAGGGAUAAUACUUGCAACAGUAUCAUCGUUUUUCUUUUCGCUUUGCUCCGUUAUCGUGAAAGGACUUGUUGAUAUAAAUCCGAUCGAGUUGGCCACCUUCAGAUUUAUCGGUGUAUUACUUCCUUCGAUACCGAUUGCAAUUUAUCGAGAGGAAAACUUUUUCCCGGAAGGAAAAAGGAUCAUACUUGUGCUGCGAUGCUUCGUUGGAACAACAGGUUUAAUGCUCAGCUUUUACGCCUUCCGUCACAUGCCUCUAGCGGAUGCAUCGGUGAUUAUAUUCUCAACGCCAGUAUUUGUUGCCAUAUUUGCUCGACUGUUCCUGCGUGAAGCCUGCGGUAUGUUCAACAUUAUCACAAUUUUCUUAACACUCAUUGGCGUUGUCCUCAUCACAAAACCCCCGUUUCUGUUUGGGGACAACCUUGCUACGAUCAUAGACGAGCAGGUAAUGGAAUCCAACUACGACAUUUGGGGCCCUGUGGCUGCCCUCUCAUCGACACUAUUUGGCGCCAAUGCGUACGUGCUGUUGCGUGCCCUGAAAGGGCUACACUUUUCUGUUAUUAUGACCAAUUUCGGUUCAUUUGCAUUGAUCUAUACGCUGGUAGUGUGUUAUUACAUAGGAGCACUGUGCUGGCCACUGUGUGGAAUGGACCGUUUCCUUGUUGUGGCUCUCGCUUUGUUCAGCUUCGGUGGACAAAUACUGCUGACGCUAGCAUUGCAAUACGAACAGGCCGGUCCUGUGGCGAUUGCCCGGUCGGCGGAUAUUGUGUUUGCUUUCGUGUGGCAAAUCAUGUUUUUCAAAGAAACGCCAAGUCUUUAUUCCAUUCUAGGUGCAUUGUUGGUUGUCAGCUCGGUUGUUUUAUCUGGACUUAGAAAGUGGGCUCUAGCUUUGCCAAGGGACUCGGAAACUAGAAAAAAAUUGCACUUUUUAUUUCUAGACUAAGGCCUACGGGUCGCGCGCUUAAUUAAAAGUCACCAUUUAACUUGAACUAUGGUCCGUAAUGCUUAAUCCAAAAUAACACUACCCUAAAAAGGAAUCAACCAAUCUUUAAUUACUUAAGUCACAAGACACAGCAACACUCGCAAAAUCUCUCGUUGCCGUUAAAUGGCCUCCGGAAGUCCGCUUCCCAACGGGUAAUUAGGCAUCAAUGUAAAGUAAUACAAAAUGAUAAACUGUAAGACUUCUUACCGACCAAAACCUGAAAGUAGGUGGAAACAAUAUUUUUAACACAAUUUAUUCAAGCAAGGAAUUGCUUUCCGCUACCGUUUGGUUGCAGCAAUUGAAACCAACCAACAAAAAAAGAAGCUGCUCACGUCCUUUUUGAAAUAAUACUGUUAGAGACAUUGAACCAUUGUAGAACAGCUUCGAACAAGUUCAAACUACAAUACACAUAAGAAAAGAAGGGUUUCUCUUCAGGACGAAACGAACAUGCAUAGCUGCAUUAUGAUCUCACGGAAUAUUUUCUAGUCAAACACGUUUAUUCCUCGUUCAAAGGACAUCAGCAGAGUAAUGGCAUCGAUAGGAAAAUGUAAGAAAGACAUAGACGUUAACCAACCGAUGAAUGAUUAAACAUAAGCGGAUAUCAUCCGUGUUUCUCGUAAUAUGAAAUAUUUAAAAGUCUAACAUAACUGCAUUGUGAUUGAAAAAAGUGGUCUCAUUAAUAUCGCCAAAGAUGGUUAGAGCAAAGUUUUUUGAUAAAAACUUGUUUACUUUAGAUCCAGUCGUCCUCUCCCUUGAUCCAGUUUUACAGCAGCUCCCUUUAGUUAAGCAAAUAAAUAAAAAUAAAUCUGUUACACCACCUCUUUACAAACAGAAAGAUAAAGACGCAAGAUUAUAAGUAAAAAAAAUAUCAUCUACAAAAUUAUACUGGUACUGAAACACAGCUCGAUACAGAUAAGCAAACGAUUAAAACUUACAUUUCAAAGCCAAUACAUGUAGGUAUUGUACAUGAAAAUAAACUGCUGCAUUAUCCGAC